AUGUAUAGAGCUCGAUUGGUGCUAAAUAAAAUUACUCCCAUACUACCUGGUGGAGGUGAAUUUGAAAAAUUUGGAUCAUGGUUGUUACAAAGCACAGCUUCUAAUAAUGGAAUCACUUGGACACAUAAAAGACAUUAUAGUGCUCCAAGUGUUGCAGAACCAUUUCUCAAUGGAAGUUCUUCAGCCUACGUCGAAGAAAUGUACAAUGCAUGGUUAGCUGAUCCUAAGUCUGUACACGUUUCUUGGGAUGCAUUCUUUCGUUCGUCUUCCAGCGGCGCCGUACCUGGACAAGCUUAUCAAGGACCACCAAGUUUAGCAGAACCUCGUGCUAAUGAAUAUCCACUCUCAGGAUUGUUACCUGUCAGUGGUGGUUUACCCGGACUUGGCGGUUCGACGAUAAAUGAAAAAAUAAUUGACGAUCAUUUAGCCGUACAGGCAAUAAUUAGAAGUUAUCAGAUAAGAGGACAUCACAUAGCAGACCUCGAUCCAUUGGGAAUAUCAAGCGCGGAUUUGGACGACAAACAUCCACCCGAGCUCCUGUACAAUCAUUAUUCGUUCGAGGAUGAAGACAUGGAUCGUAUAUUUAAGUUACCAUCGACGACAUUCAUUGGAGGAGCUAAAGAAAAAUCACUGAGCCUUAGAGAAAUAUUGAAAAGACUGGAAAACGCUUAUUGCAGGCACAUCGGUUGCGAAUUCAUGUUUAUUAAUUCAUUGGAACAAUGCAAUUGGAUUAGGCAACGGUUGGAAGUUCCCGGAGUCAUGGAAAUGGAUAAAGAUCAAAAGAAAUUGAUAUUGGCACGACUGACGAGAGCACACGGAUUCGAAGCUUUUCUCGCGAGAAAAUGGUCGAGCGAAAAAAGAUUCGGUUUGGAAGGAUGCGAAAUAUUGAUUCCCGCCAUGAAACAAAUCAUUGAUAAGUCAACGGAAUUGGGAGUGGAAUCCAUUGUCAUGGGGAUGCCACACAGAGGACGAUUGAACGUUCUUGCAAACGUUUGCAGAAAACCGUUGGAACAAAUUUUCACACAGUUUGCCGCUUUGGAAGCAGCCGAUGACGGUUCGGGUGAUGUCAAAUACCAUCUUGGGACGUACAUAGAACGUCUCAAUCGUGUCACGAACAAGAACAUACGAUUGGCCGUGUGUGCCAAUCCGAGCCAUUUAGAAGCCGUCGAUCCCGUCGUUCAGGGAAAAACUCGAGCCGAGCAAUUUUAUCGCGGAGACGGAGAAGGGAAAAAGGUCAUGUCGAUGCUCCUUCACGGUGACGCUGCUUUUGCCGGACAGGGUGUCGUGUACGAAACUUUUCAUUUGUCGGAUUUACCCGACUACACGACACACGGAACCAUACACAUCAUCGUCAACAAUCAAAUCGGUUUCACGACGGAUCCCAGGUAUUCGAGAUCCUCCGCAUACUGUACAGAUGUUGCUCGAGUCGUAAACGCUCCCAUUUUCCACGUUAAUUCCGAUGAUCCGGAAAGUGUCAUACACGUUUGCAACAUUGCGGCAGAGUGGCGAGCGACUUUUCACAAAGAUGUCGUCAUAGACAUUGUGUGCUAUCGUAGAAACGGACACAACGAAAUCGACGAACCGAUGUUCACGCAACCUUUGAUGUAUCGGAAAAUCAAGAAAACUCCACCCGCAGUUCAAAAAUACGCCGAGAAAUUAAUCGGCGAAGGAAUAGUUACCCCGGAAGAAGUCAAAGACGUGAAAGAAAAAUACGACAAAAUUUGCGAGGAAGCAUUGGUCAACAGUCGUAAAGAAACUCACAUUAAAUACAAGGACUGGUUGGAUUCGCCGUGGUCUGGAUUUUUCGAAGGGAAAGACCCGUUAAAAGUCGGACCCACGGGAAUCAAAGAAGACACUUUGAUUCACAUCGGUAAAAGAGUUUCGAGCCCUCCUCCGAACGCGGCGGAAUUUGUCAUACACAAAGGUCUCGAACGUAUAUUGAAAGCAAGAAUGGAAAUGGUCGAAUCGAAAGUCGUCGACUGGGCUUUGGGAGAAGCCAUGGCUUUUGGUUCUUUGCUCAAAGAGGGAAUACACGUUAGACUCUCCGGACAAGAUGUCGAAAGAGGAACUUUCUCUCACAGGCAUCACGUUUUACAUCAUCAACUCGUGGAUAAAGCUACGUACAGGCCUUUGUGUAAUUUAUAUCCCGAUCAGGCUCCCUACACCGUUUGUAAUUCAAGCUUAUCUGAAUUUGCUGUUUUGGGUUUCGAACUCGGUUACUCUAUGACUAAUCCAAAUGCUCUCGUCUGCUGGGAAGCACAAUUCGGUGAUUUCAACAACACGGCUCAAUGCAUAAUCGAUCAGUUUAUUUCUUCGGGUCAAGCGAAAUGGGUACGACAAUCGGGAUUGGUCAUGCUGUUGCCACACGGAUUGGAAGGAAUGGGACCGGAACAUUCGAGCGCACGAUUGGAAAGAUUUUUGCAAAUGAGUUCGGACGAUCCGGAUUAUUUCCCACCGGAAAGCGACGAAUUUGCCAUCAGACAAUUGCACGACAUCAAUUGGAUCGUAGCAAAUUGCACGACGCCGGCCAAUUACUUUCACAUACUACGAAGACAAAUCGCAUUACCAUUUAGAAAACCUCUUAUUCUCAUGACGCCAAAAUCUCUUUUGAGGCACCCCGAAGCCAAAAGUCCAUUUUCGGACAUGAUGGAAGGUACCGAAUUCAAGAGAAUGAUACCGGAAGAUGGGCCCGCGUCGGAAAAUCCCGGAGCCGUGAAAAAAUUAAUUUUCUGCUCCGGAAAAGUUUACUACGAUUUGAUAAAGCAAAGACGGGAAAAGAAAUUGGAAAGCGACAUCGCCAUAACCAGAUUAGAACAGUUGUCACCUUUCCCGUUCGAUUUGGUCAAACAAGAAUGUUCGAAAUAUUCCAACGCGAACCUUGUUUGGACUCAGGAGGAACAUAAAAAUCACGGUCCUUGGUUUUACAUUCAACCUCGCAUACAAACGGCCAUUAACGGAUCGAGACCACUCGGUUACUCUGGAAGACCGUCGGCGGCUUCUCCAGCGACCGGAUCCAAACCUCAACAUUUAAAAGAAUUGGCAGCUUUCUUGGAAGAUUCCAUUUCCGUUUAA